AUGACGAGCACAAUCAAAGAAAUUGCAGAUGAUGGUGAUGGUGAUGUGGAUUUGGGUGACAAGGUGAUUGCUGCACCGGAAUACUGUCACGCGAACUUUACAACCUAUUUCACCAACAGAUUUUGGUUAGACAAGAGUUUGACAAGAACAUUUGAAGGAAGAAGGCCGUGUUACUUCAACACCGGUGUGAUGGUGAUAGAUAUAGGUAAAUGGAGGAGAGGAGGGUAUACACGGAAGGUUGAGGAGUGGAUGGCAGUGCAGAAGCAGAAGAGGAUAUACCAUUUAGGGUCUUUGCCACCUUUUUUGCUUGUGAUGGCUGGGAAUAUAAAGGCGAUUGAUCAUAGAUGGAACCAACAUGGGUUGGGUGGUGACAAUUUUGAAGGAAGAUGUAGACGUCUCCAUCCAGGCCCUAUCAGCCUACUACAUUGGAGUGGCAAAGGUAAGCCAUGGUUGAGAUUGGAUUCGAGGAAGCCGUGCAUUGUUGAUCAUCUAUGGGCCCCGUACGAUCUCUACCGUUCAUUGAGUUGUGAGGAAAAAGUGUUUGGCCGAAUGAUCUAUCUAUCUAUCUAUCUAUUAUAUAAGUAA